CUUUCUGCUUAUAACUACAUGCUUGGUGGAUAUUUGAGACAAAGGGUUGCUUGAAGAAUUGAUCUAUUUGGUUCGCUGGUUUUUGACUGCCAAGAAAAGGCUGAUGAUGGGUUACGUUCUCCACGAUUUUUUAAGCCUCUAUUAGUACCAGUGCCUCCAAUGUUGAGACUUUGGCAAUUCGGUUGCAUUCAUGGUUAGAUAAUUAGAUUGUGGACAUUCAGCCUGAUGAUUUCCUCUACACGGCUGCUGUUGAUUAUUAUGAUGGAACCAUUGUUUAUGCGAGGAGAGUUUUCGACUUGAUGAUUGAUAAAAAUGUCAUAUGCUUCAACGUCAACGAUAUCUGGAUAUCUGAACCAUGGUUCGAUGGAGUAAGCUGAAGCAAUCUUUAGAAGAACAAACGAAAAAGGAUACUGUUGUCUUGAAUGCCACGAUUGAAGAUUAUAGAAGGGCAGUGGCAACAGCUCUGAAAGCACUGGAGUUCUACAUUGAUAAGCAGAAGGGCUUUGGUUUCCUGCCCAACAUUGCGACAUUUGCUAGUUUUAUUGGGGAUUGCUCUCUUCUCACAGAAUCUGCUGCAGGGGAAUGGGAUAAUGUAACUCAAUUGAGAGAGAGGCUAUGAAGAUCAUGGGAGUGCAGAAACAUACUGGAUCCAGUUGGGUUGGCGCUGAAACUGGAACUAGAGUUUCUUGGUCUACGACGAACCCCGGAAGAAGUCAUAUCAAUCUCGAUUCACAGAUUAUUAUCUUUCAAAUUUCUAGUCGAUUGGUUUCCAGAUUUGAGUUCUUUUGUUUGGUAUAAAUAUUUGAGGUUCUUGGUGUUUUGGCUUAGUGGAUUUAUCUUGGAGCAAUCGUCAUGUGUUGGCAAUACUGGACAGAUAAUCUGUUUCGAUGAGGAGAUUCUACCAAGAGCCGGCCUUGAUUUUGUCAGUUUAUAGCUGUGUUCUACAACAUACUCCUGUCGUUUUGGAUUGUGAAAGACAAGGAAAACAAUGUGACAGACGCCUAAAACUCAAGAGUAACAGCCAGAUCAGCAAGAAGACUGCGGAUAAUAAAGUGAGAAAAGGGUCAAGGCAGAAGGACAGGUUAGUUUGGAACGGCAAUUCGGUCAUUGGUUGGCUAACCGUUUGUUUCUCUGAAUCAAGAAUCGUCAUAGCAAUUACCCAUUAAGAGAAAACUCUGAAGCAGGAGAGAAAUCAAACGUCAAGACAGUAGAAGAGAAGAAGAAAUCACGAUGUGCUGCUGCUGCUGUGGGGAUGACUGCGAAUGCAGGCCGCUUGCCUUUCUGCUAGGCCUUCCUUUUGCCUUCGUCUCCCUCAUCCUCUCCAUUAUAGGCAUCAUCAUAUGGAUUCCUGGCUUGCUGUUGAGUUGCAUAUGCCCGUGCUGUUUCUGCGUGACGAUCAUAGUGGAGUUUGCGCUCGGGUUGAUCAAGGCGCCAUUUCUUGUGAUGGAGUGGUUUAUCUCCAAGAUUCCUUGUUAGGGGUUUAAGUUGCAGAGUUCUUUCUUUUUGCAAGGAGGGAUUGAUUAGAGAGAUUGGAGAAACAUGUUUGAUUGGUUCCGCCGUCGUUGAUCCUUUUCUUUUUUCCCCUGACAUGAACAAAGAUGAUUUAUGAAGCUAUUUCCCCGUCUUGAUCCUUUUGCUUUCUUUCUUUUGCAACUAAUGUGCGUCAUUUUUGGCGGUUUGUUGGUUCCGUCGUCGUUGCCACGUGGCAACGUUGAUGACUUGGUCAACGGUUUUGGUGGUGGGCCUGAGGAACUUUGUGGACCAUGGUGGUCCAGCCGUCCUGGGCCAUGAGUUG